GUGAUGAGAAGGGCAGCAAAGGAGGGUCCCGAGUGCUGCCCACAGCCUGUCGGGGCCCCCCAAAAGCCUCGGGGGAUUUGGAGUGUCCCUUGAAAAAAAAAACCUUGAGGGGCCACGGAGUCCCCGAGCUCCACCAGCCCCUGGGCAAGGGCAAGGGCAAGAAGAGGAGGAACAGGACAACCUUCAGCAUGUACCAGCUGCAGGAGCUGGAGAAGGUUUUCCAAAGGACACAUUAUCCCGAUGUUUAUGCCCGGGAGCAGUUGGCACUUCGGACAGACCUGACUGAAGCCAGGGUACAGGUGUGGUUCCAGAACCGAAGAGCCAAGUGGAGGAAACGGGAACGAUAUGGGAAGAUCCAGGAGGUGAGGGAUGU